ACAGAGAUGCCGGCAAGGGAUAUUGCAAGACCUCACAAAGGAGGGGGGGAUUCAAACAACGACAAAAAGCCCUUUGCUUUUUUGAGGACAAAAAAGCCCCACUCUGAAGUGUUCACUCCAGAGGUCUAAUUUGACAUAAAGCGCUCCGCUGCUGUGGAAAAUUCUAGAAGGAAAAGAAACAAGGGAGAGAGAGCAUCCAUCUUGUACCUAGUUUCCACAACUAAAAGGUCUGCACCUGCUGGCUGCCAUGGGCAAAAUGGGGGUCUUCCAAAUCAUGAUGAAGAAGAAAGAACUUAUUCCUCUGGUUGCCUUUGUCACUUUUGCUGGAGCGGGAGCCACUUUCGCUACCCUGAAUGCCAUGAGAAAAAGUGAUGUCAUCUUUAACAAGACUGGCAACCCAGAACCAUGGGAACAUGUGAAUCCUAGCCAACCCCAGAAGCUGUUGACAAUUAACCAGGAAUGGAAGCCCAUUGAAGAGCUGGAGAAAGUCAAAAAGAUGAUGAAGUGAUGAGUGCCAACCUCUUCACAUGAUGCUCUAUGAAUCUAGUGGAAUCACUUCUGCACAAACUAGAUGAUCGAAACCAGUGUGCGGAAAUGCUUCUGCUACAUUUUUAGGGUCUCCCACCAAUUUUUUGGACUCUGGAUGAAGACGUUACUGUUUGUUUUUUGGAAGUUGCACUCUCUACAUCCCCACAGUCCAAAAUGUAAAAGGCUGGCUUGCAUUUGCAAGAGCCAUGCUUAAUUUGAAGAAAAGUGUUCAGUGUUCUACAUUCUAGCAGUAUAUAAUGGCCUUUAUCCAUUUAUUCAUUUGUUAGCCUUGUGGCCUUUAUUCUUUAAAAGAAUUAAACUGUUUUUGUCUCAAAUAAUA